GUUGAGAAUUUUGUUUGGAAGUGAGACGCUGCAAAAGGUUUGAAGAGUUUGUUGUAGAUUUGUUCUGUAGCAAGAUCUUUUUUGUAAUUUAUGGCUCCCUCUAUAAAUUGAUCGUCAUAGUAUUGCAUCGGAUUCCAUCUCAAUCUUUACUGACCGAUUGUUCUGUUGAGACGAAAAGAUUUUCCCCUGCAUUUGAUUUAAUAUGGGGAGCUUAAUGCGUAUGAAAAUAAGCACACUGCUUGUUAGGGUUUUAUUUCUGUUUAUGGUUCACAUCUCCGCUCGAUAUAACCUCCCAAAAACAACAAUCUGGUUACAAAUAUGGAGCAAUUAGAUGUAUGUGGUUCAAAUCGGAGCUGCAGUGGCGCCAUUGGAGACAAAUAAUGCUUCCCAGCACCCUCCAGGAAGGUUUUUUUCUCAGAACAGAAGAGGGCAAAUGGGCGGCUCGCUCAUAAUGUUGAACGACCGGCCACUACCGACUGAGAGAAGGGACAGCCACUGAAAUACUUUUUUCUUUUUUCUUUUCUAAAAUUCCUGCUCAUUUCAUAUUCGGUUAUUUACAUGAUUGUUUUCCUUUUCCACAUAUAAGAACAGCGGUUCCGGCUCAGCCUGUGAUGUAAGCGGUUAAGUGGAAAAUAAAGCUUGUUGAGUGAGUGAUUAGGGCAGAUUCUUUAACUUUGUUGCUUAUUUUUUAAGCAAUUAAGUGAAAAUUAAUAAUAAAUUUUUUAUUCAUAAAAUUCGAAAAAAAUUGAGAUAAGUAAAGAAGAGGGAAAUAAUUUGUGGAACCACACACCAUUAUUUGCAGCCUUUUUGUCAAAAAAAAACAAAAAAAAAACUGUUCCACUAAAGUAAAAAAUAUUCCAGUUUAUCCUCUAAUUUGCAUGAGAACACUCAUGCAUGCUGCUUGCAUGAAUACUUGAAUCAGUAUAUUUAACCGCAGAGCGACAGGUGUGAUACGAGUAGACGGUUAAAGCUGGGGGGCUCCACAUUGUAUGAAAAGCAUUCAGUGUGCGGGAUGAGGGCGGCCCUCUGUAUUGAGUAUAUGUAGUAAAACUAAAUUCGUGGUUUUAGGAAAACGCCUACAUCGACGAUAACGCCGGGGGAUUUUUCUAUGCGCAUGUUAUAUGGUCGAUUUAUCGUUAAAUGUUAAUGCGAUUGUCCAUUGCAUGGUCAUGCAUUCUAAAGUCUAAUGUUUUUGACCAGUUCGCAGCUGUAGGAACAUCACCAAUCUUUUAAAUAGGAAAUCUGUGAACUUAUUGCAGAGUAGGGGUAUUGAAUAGUGGUGGAAAACUCCUCUGGGUUACAUUUUAGGGAUAACAAAAUGGGCCAGUUAUUUUGCUGUGUAAAAGUGGAACAAUCAUCCGUGGCCAUGAAAGAGAGAUUUGGACGGUAUCAGGAUGUGCUGGAGCCAGGGUGCCACUUUGUGCCAUGGGUUUGGGGAACCCAAAUCAGAGGUCAUCUUUCUCUAAGAGUUCAGAAACUGGAUGUCCGCUGUGAAACAAAGACUAAGGAUAAUGUUUUUGUGACUGUGGUGGCUUCUGUUCAAUACCGCGCACUUGCAGAAAAGGCUAGUGAGGCAUUUUAUAAGCUGAGUGAUACAAGGGGACAAAUUCAGGCAUAUGUAUUUGAUGUUAUUCGUUCUAGUGUCCCAAAGAUGAAUCUGGAUGAUGUCUUUGAGCAAAAGGGCGAGGUUGCUAAAGCUGUUGAAGAAGAACUUGAAAAAGCUAUGUCAAACUAUGGAUAUGAGAUAGUGCAAACGCUUAUUGUAGAUAUAGAACCUGAUGUGCAUGUGAAGAAAGCAAUGAAUGAAAUAAAUGCAGCUGCAAGAAUGAGAGUAGCAACAAACGAAAAAGCAGAGGCAGAGAAAAUUUUACAAAUCAAGAGAGCAGAAGGGGAAGCUGAGUCAAAGUAUCUGUCAGGACUUGGCAUUGCUCGGCAAAGGCAAGCAAUUGUGGAUGGGCUGAGAGAAAGUGUACUUGCUUUUUCAGGGAAUGUGCCUGGCACAACUGCAAAGGAUGUGAUGGAUAUGGUGUUGGUGACACAGUAUUUUGACACAAUGAAAGAGAUUGGAGCACAUUCCAAGUCUUCAUCAGUCUUUAUACCCCAUGGGCCUGGUGCAGUUCGUGAUGUUGCUCAGCAGAUCAGAGAUGGACUGCUUCAGGGAUCACAUGCUUCUCAUGACUAACUAUCAUCUUCUCCUCUCAGCAAAACCAGCAACAACAAUCAAGUUUGUGUACAUAAUAAGGAUUUCAAAAACAUAGGCCCAAGCUUUUCAAUUUCAACAUGCAUUUUAUUGUGCCUUUUACACUACUUAUUAUAUGUAAAUAGACAUAAGUAUGUUUUAUAGAUUACUUUAGUACUUCAUCUUUAGAUUACAUUGGUACUAGGUACUUCCUCUUGUAUGCUGAAAUGCUAAUUUUGGAAAACUAGUAUAUUAUGUGUGACUUUGCAUCCUUUAUUUUUGGAUGCCAUGAAUGCUAUGUUUGUCUUAUAAUAUAUGUGAAGAAUAUAAAUUGAUUUGGUUUGUAUUA